AUGGACAUGGAUUACAUGGAUGCCACGCUCCAGGUGAAUGCAUUCGGUAUGACUGCCGGUUGCACAUUCUGCCUCGACAACCUGCCCAACCAGCUCGCAGUGCUGGGGCAUUUUCGUGCCAUCUUGGAGAUGUGUCACAACCAGUGCGAGGGCGACUCCGACCAGUAUGAGUCCGCGAAAGAGGUGGAACGUCAGAUGAAGACGGUGAAGCUCAUGAUCAAGAUGGCACAGGCUCGAUCCAAGUCGAAGGCCGUCAAGGUGGAAGUGAUGCCGUGCAUUCUGUCCACCUCGUUGAACGUGAAUGGGGAGGCCUCCGCCUCCAUGGGCUCCAUGUCUCCGAAGAAGUCGAUGAGCAUGGUGGGCGCCAGCGCAACUACCAGCAUGUUUGGCGGUAGGCUGCCCAAGCUGGAUGAAGCGCAGCGCUGCGUUGAAGAGCCUGCGGGUUCGGAUUCCAUAGCGUCCACAUCGAGCAUGGUGCCGACCGAGACUGUUGCCGAGAAGCGAGAUAAAGAGUCGGCGUCGGCGUCGGCAUCGCCAGAUACUGUGUCGAAUACGAAGAGUGUAGGCUCCGCCACACAGAAGCGUCCAGAAUCGGGGCGCAGCAUAAGCUCCACCCAGAAAGCAGUGGAGCCCGUGGCUCCGUCAGCGCCGAGCUCCAGCUCAUCCUUCGCCAGCCGGCUCAUGCCGUCCUUCCUGCGGAAGAACCGCGCAGCGUCCAAAGAGAAGGCGCAGGAGGCUGCAGAUGGUGCGAUGUCUCCAGAAGCACUUCUUUCCUCAGCGGAAGUCCAGGAUGAGCCUGAUGAGGCGGAAGCGAUCCCCACCCUCAGACAGCUACAGCAGGGAACUCAAGAUCAACGGCUUCUUCCCAUCUCCGCGCACAAGUGUGCCACCGACUAUUCUGCAUCCUCGCUUAUCAACGCAGAGAUUUCCGAGCGGGACAUGAGCGAGCUGCAGAAGCAGCAGGAAGAGCUUUGGGCCCCUAGCACGGAGGAGCAAGGCCCGAGUGGAGCGGUUCUUGGCACCCCCACCACUGCUUGA